AUGAUGAACAAGCACUGCCCCCGCAGCCACCGCGGCUAUUACCGCGAGGAUGACGACCUGAGCGUCAACGAUGGUGCCAUCCAGCGCAACAAGGACUGGAGCACCUACCGCAAGACUGAUACCUUCAUCGUCAUCUGUGCUGCGAUCGUCCUUGCGUCCAUCAUCGGCGGUGGCAUUGCCAUAGGCGUUCACUUCGCAACUGGAGGCUCGGCCACGGGCGACGUCGGCCAUGCUUCGGCUGCUCGUGUUGUCCCUCGCUUCCCCGCCAUGCAGUUCAACGCUGCUCACCCCAACGGCACUCACUACGGCAUCAACUCCACUCUCUCUGGCAUCUUGUCCACUGGCACCCCGACUCUCUGCUCUGACGACGCCGAGAUCAACACCGUGACCAAGUUCAUGAACCAGACCACCGCCGACGCCACUACAACCAUCAAGAUGACUCGCACCCAGACUCUUCACAAGUCUGCCGAGGGUACCACCGUUUCGUCUGCCAAGGCUGUCAACACCAUCCUGUCUGGCUCGUCCUCUGCCCCCGAGUUUGUUCCCGUCGUCACCGAAGUCAUCACUACCUCCGUGACCGAGACUGCGUACCUGACUGCCACUGCUACUGAGAGUCGCAUAGUCUCUGAGCCCGAGUCCAGCAUGGCUUCGACCCAGGCUUCUACCAGCGAUGCCACCUCUCAGGUCGAGACCUCGUCCGCUGAUGUCGUCUCGGUCGUCCUCACCAAGACCCUGACGGAAACUCGCAAGGUCACGUCCACUGUCAAGGAAGUCGUCUCAACCGCGACCUACACUCCCACGACGAUCAUCCGUUCCACUGUGACAGUCACCUCUCAGCCCUUCGGCACCUCGUCCCGCGAGGCUCAGUGCUCACGCGAGGUUCAGGACCACACAGUCUACGUCACCGUCACCGAGAGUGCGGACCCCAGCCCCUCCACCUCGACGACUGUUUCGUCCAAGGCUUCCGAGACGUCCUUCUCUUCAGCCCCUGCUUCCAAGGCCACCGACACCAUCGUGGUCACCUACACAGUCACCGUCGACAGCCUGACGCCCAUUUCCAAGGUCCCCGUCGUCAGCUCCUCCUCUGGCGUCCCCAAGCACUCGACCGGGGCCACUUCGCACUCCCAGGCGACCAGUGUCGUGACUCAGGUGGCGACCCAGACUCUCUACGUCAGCGUGGCUAAUGGAACCGCCAUCACCUUCAGCACUGCUGUUUCUUCUGUCCUCGGCCACGUUGGCACUCCAGUCCUUACGUCUCUCCCCUCCACCGAGACUGCCCAGGCCUCGACUGCCGCCGACGUCGUCGUCAUCACCAAGACAGUCACCGACCAGGUGUUCCAGACUCUCAGCGCUGCCCCCACAUCCCUGGUCGACGCCGAGACUCACAUCGAGACCGACACCCAGACGUCCGUCGUCACCGUCACCGCCCUGCCCAGCACCUCCUCCGAAUCGCCUCUGUCCACCAAGUCCAUCCUGACCACGAUCGUCCUCUCCGAUCACGCCACCAAGACCGUGACUAUCGGAGGCAUGGUCACGGUGACGGCCCACCCCAAGAAGUCGACUUUCUCCGGCUCUGCCCACAACUCCACCAGAACGGACACCAAGAUCAUCACCGAGGUCGACGUCCGCACCCUGACCGUCACCAUCAGCGGCCACGUUCAGACGUCCCUGGUCACGGUCCACAAGGACCUGACCGCCACCGUCACGCAGACCAAGGCUCUCAACACCAGCGCCAGCAUCUCGACGGACGUCUUCCGCCUGCCCUCGGCCAACACGACCGUCUACAUCUCGGGCACGCCCAUGAUGCACCCGCGUCCUACCACGGCCACCUUCCCGCCCUACGCCAUCACCAACGGCACCGUCUUCCGCCCGACCACGACCUUCUUCAACCCCUCUGGCAGCGCCAGCGGCUCCCGCCCGCCGACCAGCAGCACCGUGGUCGUCGUCUCCAACGCAGAGAAGCGCGCCGAGCCCGUCGCGUUCGGCCUCGAUGCCGCCACUGGCGGUUGCAAGAGCUGCACCACUUGCCUGGUCAUCUUCGUGCUGGGCCUGCUGGUUCUGUUCUAA